UCUCCAUCAGAUCACCACACCCGCCACUUUUCAAGCCCGAAUUAUCAGACGCAUUAAGUGCCAAGGCAAAGCAUGACGAGUCGUCUGAGUGCGAGUCCCACAGAUCCAAAUCGCUGGCUCUCCAUCGGUAUUGCCAGUGCAAUGAUACCCUAGCAACUGGUCAACAUGGGACGACAAGGGUUCUAAAAGUAGGGGGCUAAUCCCCAUCACGAUCCUGCAGAGCCAAUCAGAAUCGUCCAUUCUCUCGGUUCGAGUUGUCAUGUAUCGAAAUCUGCAUACCAAUUCCUUCGAAUCAACGGGAUACCUAGUUAAUUUUAAUCCUUGGUGGGACUUAAGGAAUUGCACCUAUGAUCGCUGGCAUGGAUGCACGGCAAUGUUGCCUACGGUCGAAGGAGUAUAAGAUGAAUCUUGACGCCCUCUCGUCAAUCCUUCUUUCCCUCAUCGCCAUCGGUUUUGCGAACUCGAUUUACGUAUUCUUUCGUUGUUGUCCUUCUUUUACAGACUAAAGUCAUUCAUUUCAUACCUCCUGGUGAGACCAGCUAUCUUGAUCGAUACAUUUUACCUCGUUCAUAACAUUUGUUGUCUCUUCCUGCCUUUCGCUCACUCGCUACGCUAUACGAAUAUCGCAACCAUUCAAGAUGGCUUCCAUGAAAACUUCUGCUCUCUUCGCAGCUCUCGCCUCGGUUUCUACCGUCGCCGCUCACGGACACGUCAACAAUGUCGUUAUCGACGGAGUCUUCUACCAGGGUUACGACCCAACUACCUUCCCCUACCAGCAAAGCCCACCCACCGUCGUCGGAUGGACCACAUCUCAGACUGAUAACGGCUUCAUCGAGCCCAACAGCUUCUCAAGCGCCGACAUCAUCUGCCACAAGAACGCGAAGAACGCCGGUGGUCACGCCCAGGUCAAGGCCGGUGACAGCAUCGCCAUUACCUGGAACACUUGGCCCGAAUCUCACAAGGGUCCCAUGAUCGACUACCUCGCCCCUUGCGGCGACUCUUGCGAGACCGUCGACAAAGAAACCCUCGAGUUCUUCAAGAUUGACGAGGUCGGCCUCCUCGACGACACCACCGCGCCUGGAAAUUGGGGCUCUGACGUCCUGAUCUCCAACGGCCUCACAUGGAUGGUCCAAAUCCCAGCCAACAUCAAGGCUGGCAACUAUGUCCUCCGCCACGAAACCAUCGCCCUUCACUCCGCCGGCUCAACCAACGGCGCUCAGGCGUAUCCCCAGUGCUUCAACCUCCAGAUCACCGGUGACGGCACAGAUUCGCCCGCCGGUACUCUGGGAACUAAGCUGUACACCCCUCAGGACCCCGGUAUCCUCAUCAACAUCUACACGACCGGAAUCAAGUACACCAUCCCCGGUCCCACCCUGAUCGCCGGAGCCUCCUCCUCCGUCGCCCAGACCUCUUCCGCCAUCACCAGUACUGGCACCGCAACAGUCGGAAGCGGUGUCGCCGCUACCUCUCCCGCAGCUUCAACCACCGCAGCCGCCGCGACAUCUGCCACCACCACCGCACAGAAGGUCUCGACUUCGAGCCCCAAGGCGUCGGCCCCGACGACACUGGCCACGUCCACCAAGGCAGCUGCUCCUACCACUGCCCCUACAACCACUACCGCUGCGGCGGCGACUACAACCGCGGCCGCCACCGGCAACGUCAACGCCCAGAGCCUGUACGGCCAGUGCGGUGGCAGCAACUUUGCCGGCCCGACGGCUUGUGCUGAGGGCGGUUGCAAGUCCUGGAACCCUUACUAUCACCAGUGUGUUGCUACGGCCUAGACUCUGGGAUAUCAUAUGGCUUUAAGAGCCGUGUUAGCUGGGCAUCAAGAGAGCCGAUUGUGAUGGAUUAGGAUUGGAUAGGGAUGGAUGUCACGAUGUGUGUGUAUUUAAAAACAACAAAACCGACCCCUUUUGCUCUGGCUUGUCCGGCUUGGGUCAUGAUGUUUGAUUCUUGUAUUUACGAUUGGUACGAUUUAAAUUGAAG